CGUACACAAUAAUGGAUCGCCAGCAAAACGAUGCAGACUUCGAAGGAGAAUGGAUUCGGGCAGAAAGAACAGGCCGCGUAAGUUCAUUGCGCCUUUGUGAAAACACCACAAAUUAGAUCUUAAUGUUGCGGGCGCAGCUGUAAUUACACAAUAGUAGCCUAAACGGAAUGUUUUGGAUUCAGCCGUUAUCAGGCUAUAACACCCAAGCCAGCAAAAUGUUAUCAUUCAUAACAUAAGCAAGGCCAUCAUUAAUAUUGAACAUUCGUUGAACAUUUUUCCUGGAUUCAUGUUCAUAUCACCAAGCGGGCACUUUAUCCACCGUUACGCAUUUUGGAAUGGGAUGAAGUCAGCAGGAUAGGAUACAUCCAGCCAUUUGGCUAAAUUACAGAGACUGCUUAGCUUAGACCACCUUCGUUGGAUGAAUUGUAUUUUCUCCCUUCAGUUAGUCAAAUGAUUAUCAAGGGAAGGGAUAAGGGCAGGCCUACAAUAAUCUUUUUCUGAGGCAUCGCAAAUAGCCUAAUUCGAGAUGCGUUCCAUCAGGACCAAAGAUGCUGACAGGUUUAAAGGUCCUCUUGUAGUAACCCGAGUUAUCAGCCAGUUCCGCUGGUGUAGAUACAAGCUAUCAAAUUCCAAAGCAAGGUUCGGACAUGUCAUUCUUUUCAAACUACAGCAAGAUAUUCACAUGUAAACCAGAGAGCCAAAGUUAACACAGUAGAUCUUCGGGCCUUAGAGAAAAGGCUGUUGAUAGCUUAUCAAUAAUGUCAAGUCGAACGACAUAAAGACCUCUUCUUUGAGGGUUUUUGUAUGGAAGCGUAAAUGGCGUUUUCCACAUAUGUUUUCAUUGGUCGGUUCACAGUCAGACGGUGUGCUAAGUCCGUGUUGAUUCGUCGAGCUGCUGACAACAGCCAAUGGGUCGUUUUAACGGAGGAGGAGGCUGGUCGAAGAGGCGCAGAGUCCCACCCUCUGUCAGAUAUGCGCUAUUGCAUACUUUGCUGAAGAUUAUGGUUUCUGACCGGUUGUUGCGAUAAUGCUCAUUAUGGUUAUUCCAUGAGCGCGACAGCAGGUGUAACAAGUCAUUUCGGCGUGCUCAACAAUGAUUCUGAAAAUCUUAGACGUGAAGAAACCCGCCUUCCCCUGGUUUGGGAUGGACAUCGGGGGCACGCUGGUCAAGCUGGUCUACUUUGAGCCCAAGGACAUCACGGCCGAGGAGGAGCAGGAGGAGGUGGAGAGCCUGAAGAGCAUCCGGCGUUACCUGACGUCCAACGUGGCGUACGGCAACACAGGCAUCCGCGACGUGCACCUGGAGCUGCGGGGCCUGACCAUCUGCGGCCGCACGGGCACCCUGCACUUCAUCCGCUUCCCCACGCAGGACAUGCUGCCCUUCAUCCACAUGGGGAGGGACAAGAACUUCUCCAGCCUGCACACCACGCUCUGCGCCACCGGCGGCGGCGCCUACAAGUUCGAAUCCGACUUCAGGAUGAUCGCUAACCUGGAGCUCCAGAAGCUUGACGAGCUGGACUGCCUGAUCCACGGCCUGCUGUACGUGGACUCUGUGGGCUUCAACGGCCACCCGGAGUGCUACUUCUUCGAGAACCCCUCGGACCCCGAGAGCUCGGAGAAGCGGACGUGCUGCCUGGAGGACAACCCCUUCCCCAUGCUGCUGGUCAACAUCGGCUCCGGCGUCAGCAUCCUGGCCGUCUACUCCAAGGACGACUACAAACGGGUCACUGGAACAAGCCUGGGUGGGGGGACAUUCCUGGGCCUGUGUUGCCUACUGACGGGCUGCGAGACAUUUGAGGAGGCCCUGGAGAUGGCGGCCAAGGGGGACAGCACCAACGUGGACAAGCUGGUCAAGGACAUCUACGGCGGCGACUACGAGCGUUUCGGCCUGCAAGGCUCGGCGGUGGCAUCCAGUUUCGGCCACAUGAUGAGUAAAGAGAAGCGUGAUAGCAUUAGCAAAGAGGACCUGGCGCGGGCCACCUUGGUCACCAUCACCAACAAUAUCGGCUCCCUGGCGCGAAUGUGUGCCGUCAACGAGAAUAUUGAAAGAGUUGUUUUCGUGGGCAACUUCUUGCGAAUCAAUACUGUGUCAACCAAGCUGCUGGCCUAUGCGAUGGACUUUUGGUCGAAAGGACAGCUUAAGGCCCUCUUCUUGGAGCAUGAGGGCUACUUCGGUGCUGUCGGUGCCUUCCUUGAGCUCUUACGGUUGAAAGAAGACCUUUAGAAGAUGAAGGAAAUGUUUUAAAAUGGGAACCCGUCGAGAAGGUUCCACACCCUAACAUGACAAGCUGCUUAUCACAAAAGGUGUCAGGAAAUGCCACUACCAGGGGAGAAGCCAUUUUUUCCAAGAAAAAGAAAAAAGAUGUAACUGUCCCAAUGUCAUUGCCUCCUCUCGCCCUAGCCAUUGGUCGAAUUUACUACUAAUUAAUAUGAGA